GGUGAGUGUGAGCAGUGUGAUUCCUCCUGUAGGAUGUGUUCAGGGCACGGGGAAGACCAGUGUGAUUCCUGUCAGGAAGGCAUGUUUCUCACCAACAGCCAGAGGUGUGUGUCCGUUUGUCCACGUGAGACUCAUGGGAACCAGACGAGUGGGCGCUGUGAAGACUGUUCAGCAGGCUGUUUGACGUGUCAGGAUGCACAUCACUGUGUGAAAUGCAAAGAAAGCUUUGGUCCGCUCUACCUGCAGGAUGGCAAAUGUGUUGCUGAGUGUAAAAGGUGAAAAAUUUUCUUUCAAAACACACAAAAUGCUACACGUUCACACGCAUGGUCUCAUGCACA